UCCACACUCUUCGACGGCGGCGGUGCGGGCGCCCCAGCAGGCCAGCAGCACGAAGCAGCGGAGGACCGCCACAGGCUCCGGCGGACGGCCGGCCUACGGAACGGCGGCGGGAGGAGGAGGGUCUGGGCCGACCCCCGCCCGCCCGCCACAGCUUCCGAUGCUGAGGCAGCUGGUCCGAUCGGGCAAGCUCGCCGACGCGAGGAGCCUAUUCGACGCGAUGCCGCACCGCGACGAGGUCGCCUACGCCACGCUCCUCGCGGGCUAUGCAGCCGCUGCCGACUUCCCCGGCGCGAUGGCGCUCUUCUACCGUCUCCGCGCCUCCUCCCCGCCCCACGCUGCCGCGGACCCGUUCGUCCUCAGCCCCGUCUUCAAGGCGUGCGCUUCCGCGGCCGCCGACGCCGGGAUCCUCCGGCGCGCCGCGGCGCUGCACGCGUUCGCCGUCCGCUCGUCGGCCGUGUCGUCCGUGUUCGUCUCCACGGCGCUUGCGGACGCGUACGCCAAGGCCGGCCGCCUCGAGCUGGCGCUCCAGGUGUUCGACGAAAUGCCGUGCAAGAACGUGGUCUCGUGGACCACGCUCGUCGCCUCGCUGGCGCGGGCCGGCCGGCGUCACGACGCGCUCCGCCGCUUCGCCGAGAUGCGGACCUCCGGCGUGGCCUGCGACUCCCACGCCUACGCGGCCGCGCUCACGGCGUGCGUGGACGCAGGGCUGCUGCCGCGCGGGCGCGAGGUGCACGCUCUCUGCGCCAAGCUCGGCCUCGACGCCACGCCCUACGUCGCCAACACGCUCGCUACGCUGUACGCGCGAUUCGGCGACGUGGACCGCGCGCUAGCCACGGUCAGCCGCAUGAGCUCGCGCGACGUUGCCGCGUGCACGACACUGAUUGCAUCCUACGUCCAGACCGGCCGUGCAGAGGAAGCCAUCGAGGCGUUUGUCAGAAUGCUUCACGACGAGUCAUCGAAUUCUGCAUCACCCAAUGAGUAUACUUUCUCUGCCGUAAUUGCCGCGUGUGCAAAUAUUGAACGUGUCUAUCUUGGUGAGCAGAUACAUGCACAAGCUGCACGGAGAGGGCUGUCUCAUGCCCGCUCCGUGGCGAACUCCCUUGUCAAACUCUACGCACGCUGUGGCCGUCUUUCAGCUGCUACUGAUGUGUUCCGGGAGAGUAUUGUCAAGGAUGUCGUCUCUUGGAGUGCAAUUAUAUCAGGAUAUGCACAGGAAGGCUACGCCGAGGAGGCUUUUGCUAUGUUCUCUGAAAUGAGGCAUCAUAGCAGUUGCCCUCGGCCAAAUGAGUUUACUCUUGCCAGCCUCUUGAGUGUGUGUGCAGGUGCUGCAGCAAUGGAUACUGGACGCCAGCUGCACGCACUUGCUGUGUCUGCUGGACUUGAACACCAUGCGAUGAUCAGGAGUGCGCUCAUUGACAUGUAUGGAAAGAGUGGUAGCAUGUCAGAUGCUGAUGUCGUAUUUUCCAAUCGUACUAAUGAUGAUGUGAUCUCAUGGACUGCUAUGAUCGUUGGGCAAGCUGAGCAUGGUCACAGCAAAGGGGCGCUUGAACUGUUUGAGGAAAUGUGCCGAGUGGGGCUAAAGCCGGACCAUGUUACGUUCAUUGGUGUACUCACUGCUUGCUCUCACGCGGGGGAAGUUGAGCUCGGGUUGAGAUACCUCAAUGCAAUGAGCAAAAGGCAUGGAGUGGAGCCUUCAAAGGAGCACUAUGGUUGUGUUGUUGAUUUGUUGGGCAGAGCUGGUAGAGUACAUGAGGCUGAGGAGUUGAUUGGAAGAAUUUCUGACGAUGAAAGAGACGGUGUGGUUUGGACUUCUUUGCUUAGGGCAUGUGCAGCUCGAGGGGCAGAGGAAACUGGAAAGAGAGCUGCCAAGAGGGUGAUGGAGGCAGAGCCAUGGGGUUCAGGAGCACAUGUGGCAAUGGCGAACCUCUAUGCCAGCAAAGGGCAGUGGCGUGAGGCAGCCCAGGAACGCCAUUUGAUGAAGCGGAAAGGUGUUGUAAAAGGGGCAGGGUGGUCAUCUGUCGAAGUUGGAGGGGAAGACAGAGGGAUCGGAGUGUUUGUUUCUGGAGACCGGACAAAUCCCCAAGACAAUGCCAUCAUUGCUAUGCUUAACUUGAUGUACUAUGGAGCUGGAAUGGUUUGCCAUAUCCCUGAUCAGUUGGAUUUAGGAUCAGAAGUGGAGCUAACAGUUAACUAGUAAUCCCGAAAGGAUCACUUACUGCAACAGGGACAGGGACCCUUGCCAAUUGCCAUGGCGGAACAUCCAUUACAGGACAACAUAAGACCUUGAUAAGGUGGCUGCAACAUUUAGUAUUCAGAUAUUUAGGGUGCACUGUAUUCCAGUCCAAUCAAGUAUUCUGAAAAAGGAAUUCUAUUCCAAUCAAAUAAAGCAGCUGUGGCAGGCUACAGGCUAAAUCAAGCCAAGUUGAUUUCUGCAUUGGACUUGUAUUGCAGAAGCUCAUUCUUUAGUGUACCAAACUGAUGUAACCUUGGUGCGUUGCCCAGUGGCUUGGAGCGAAGCAUGAAUGUGAGUAGCUAGCUGCCUGGUGAUCUCUUUUACAGAAAAAGCAUGGGGAUUGUUUAAGCCAUAUUCAUUUUUCUUGUGAAGGAAGGCUAGCCACCUUUUGGAAGGAAAUUCACUCUUCACGACAACAAUUCCGUAUUCCAUGCUGCACUGCUCUGUAGUUUGUACACCUUUAUCCCUUUUUGAUAGAAAAGGUAGUAAAUUAUUUCUUGACUAACUUGUUGAUUCCUUGGUGAAUGUUCUUGUAAAGGCUGAUAAUGUUGAUCCUCAUUCUACAAUAAUAGAAGGGGUUGCCUUUAUCCCUUGUGCCAACUAAUCAUAUGAUAUUAUUUUUUUACUCUUUUACAAUGUUGACGACAGAAUGAUGUAAUGCUUAGUCAUGUCUAUUCUAUUGUACAGCCUUUUAAAUCC